AUGUCACACCUCAUGGAAGACAACAAGUCCAAUUUAUCUAAUGGAGCAGCUCGCUCAUAUCAACGGUCACAGUCGCUUUCUGCUGUGAGCGACUAUAUCGCACUGCAAGCCGUCUAUCGUGUUAAACGAGCUGGAAUCCGCGAGCGCCUUUUCAAAUGCGAUCAGUGCAAACAUUCAUUCGAGAGAAAUGACAACCUCAAAAAGCACAAAAUGAAGAUUCAUGGAAUUACGGAUGCAUUUCCGUCCUUUUCACAAGAAGAUGAAUUGAUGAGACGCCGUUUUGUCACAGGUUGUAGACCAAAAGGUGAGAGUAGCGAGGAACACAGGGAUCUUGGUCUUGGCAGUACAGAUAUCUUGGCGAAGAACUGCAAGCCCAAGUCAGAUAUAGUCACAGAAGACCGGCUACCGAACUCCAGUUCCAACACUUACUGGUCAAAUAACUCAGCAUCUCUUGAACUCCCAUCCGGAAAUGGCACCCAGCCGCGGAUGGUAAGAUUCGAAGCAUACCUGAGCGAGUGGAUUGCCGAGACCUCUACCGCGCCGUUUCUUGCGAACUAUAUCCAACAGCAUGCUUUACCAACUCUGCCAGAAUUGCCCGAUGAACUGGAGUCCAGAGGUUCCUCGCCAACAACUCAAAGCGACGGAAGUUCUAACCCAACAGAAACCUACAUUGACGAGAGGAAAAGACAGAUUAUCGAUCGCAUUGUAUUCAAUGUGGCGCAGUGGAUGCGGUCAAUGUUCGACUCGUGUCGUAAAAGUGCAGGUGGUAAUUCAGCUGGCGCAUCAGGGAGACCAAGCAAAUCGCAAGAAUCAAGCUCGAAAGACAAGGAGUCUCAUUGUACAAAGCCUAGCAACCAGAAAAGAAAACUAACGGAGGUUGACGAUGACGAGACAGACGAAGAUGACGAAGAGGAGCAGAAACAAGAUCGGCAAAGCGGUAAAAAGCCCAGCCAGGACCACAAGAAUCGAAAGUAUGCUUGCCCGUAUUUCAAAUACAACCCAACCAAAUACAGAGAUUGGAGGGUUUGUCCAGGACCAGGUUGGGCCGAUAUCCAUCGAAUCAAAGAGCAUCUUUACCGACGCCAUAGACAGCCCAAAUACCGCUGUGGGCGCUGCUGGGAGCCCUUUAAGGAUGAACAGUGCUAUCUCAACCAUCUGCGAACUGAGGAAGCAUGCCCACUGCGAGAAAUGGAACAUGUUGAGGGGUUUGAUGAAGCACAAGAACGAAGUCUGAAGUCUCGAAAACGAUCUGGUCGAGAGCUUUCGGAGGACGAUAAGUGGAGGAGAGUUUUCAAGAUCCUGUUCCCACAUGUUUUGGAUGACGAUAUUCCGUCUCCCUUCUAUGAAUACCACCAGACAUCCCAGAAGGGGGAUAACCAUGAACACUCUGAGUCUGACUAUUUGGCACAAUGCGAAGACUACAUGGUGCGAGAAGUCCCCCAGCGCCUUCGGCAAGCUUUGGGACGAGAACUAGAUCGAGACCUUACCAUUGUCGAGGAGAGUCUCAGGCGAAAGGCAGGUGAUUGGGUAAAGACUCUGCUUGAGGAUGCCUUCCGCGAACUCAGGCAGAACCGAGAUGGGGACGGCCAAUCCCGGCCUGGUGAAGAAUCAGGUUUGCUAAUUGCAGGUUCAAGCAGCCUUGCCUCCCAAGAAGGCAGCUCGGCAAACAACAACCUGCCUUAUGAGGGACAGAGCGAGGCGUGGCUAAGUAACUUCAACUUGGACUCUUUUGAUCCUUUCGCACUACUAGGAGAAUCGGAGUUUGCUUUUGACAAUGGUGGAUUGCUAGAAGACUUGUUGGGGCCUGGAGGUGGAGGUGGAGGCAGUGAUACCGGUGCGACAAGAGAACACUCCGAUUCCGGAUACAGGUCUUUCAGCUCUAUUCAGUUGGAAAAGGCCACAGGAGAACAAUAG